CCGCGACCCCGCGCCCCGACUCCGCCAACCAUGGCAUCUCACUCGCUCUACCUCGGCUCGGGCACCAACACCUCCAAGUUCACCCUCACAGAGAAGGAGCUUGUACUGGAACAACCAGCAAACAAGAAAUGGCCCCUCGUUCGCACGUCUCUUCGAAAUGUGCUCUGGGCCGGCAUAGACGACGGGAACCGCCUCCAGAUUUCCGUUCUCGCAACCAAGAAGCGCAAGUCCCCCUUGUCUCUCGUCCAUGUCGCAGGCGUCGUGCCCGAUGCAGAUAUCGACUCGGCAGCCGCCUUCACCUCCUCCGUAAUGCACUCAGCGUACUAUGGCCUCACGCCGCGCAGACGACUCAAAGUGAUCGUCAACCCCAAGAGCGGGCCGGGCAAAGGCGCGAAGCACUUCCGCAAGAGGGUCGAGCCCAUUUUCCGCGCCGCGCGGUGCCAUGUGGCCGUAACUUUCACCUCGCGAGCAAGACACGCCCAGGAGAUCGCACAGGCUCUUCCCCUUGAUGAUUUUGACGCUGUCGUCGUAUUGUCCGGGGACGGCAGCAUAUACGAAGUCUUUAACGGCUUCGCUGCGCACGCCGACCCUGCGAGAGCGUUUCGCAUGCCAGUCACACCGGUUCCGACGGGGUCGGGUAACGGUUCCUCGAACAACUUGCUCGGCAGAGAGGCUGCGAAGGAUCUGGCAAUGGCCGCCUUGAACGCCAUCAAGGGUCACCCGAUGAGCAUCGACUUGGUGUCUAUCCUGCAGAACGGGAAGAGGACCAUCUCGUUCAUGACCUCAUGCCUAGGCGUGAUGGCCAAUCUCGAUCUCGGCACCGAGCACCUACGGUUCAUGGGCUCACAACGGUUUGUCGUUGGAUUCCUUCGCGAGGUGAUCAAGCACCGUUCGUACCCUUACCGCGUGUCGAUCAAGGUCGCCGAGUCCGACAAAUACAAGAUGGUUGAGACCCUCGACGCCGUCCGCGCGCAUGCCCAAGCUGUGCACGGCACCGCGGCCUCCCCAUACAACGCCUCCGCCGCUCCGACGUCCAAGGGCCUUCCCGAGCUCAAGCACAUAGGCCCCGGCGCGGACGUGGACGGGGACGGGUGGAUCACGUUCGCCAAGCCUGUCAUGUACGUCUACGCGGGCAAGGGCCCGUUCGUCUCGAAAGACUUGAUGCAGUUCCCUGUGUCGCAUCCGGACGACGGACUGAUCGACGUCGUCAUUUCUGAAAGGACAACGCGCCUGGCGAUGAUCAAGGGCAUGGACGGCUCGGAGCGCGGCGAGCAGUACUGGAUGGACAUCCAACACUACUUCAAGGCGUACGCGUAUCGCGUCGAGCCGCUCGCGCCCAAGGGCUAUCUCUCUAUCGACGGCGAGGCGUACCCGCACGAGACGUUCGAGGCGGAGGUCCAUCAGGGCCUCGGCACAUUCCUCAGCAUGUACGGGCACUACAUGAAUGACUUCAGCCUCCCCCCUGACCGCAAAUAAUUCGUCGGGUAAGUCGGUCGGUCGUGGCGUCGUCCUUUUCCAGCGCAGUGUACCGCUCACUCACUCGCUAAAUGUACAUUCGCUCGUAUGGACGAUAUUGCGCUUGUUUACUCCGUAGAAGUUCAGAUCAUGUAUAUACCCGGGUUCUGCGCUGCCUCAUGGCAUUGACAUCCCCCACCCUGCCGAGUUGUGCGAAUGG